CGGCACGCACCCGUACUAGGUACUCAUUCUCUCGUCGAUCUCUCUAACCUUUGUCACAGCAUAGUCAUGGCGGCGACGGGCAAAACCAGCAGCACGGUGGUUGCACUGUCUACCCUGGCUCUAGCGGCGAGCCUCCUCCUCCUCCCCGUCUCGUCAGAGGCGGCCUGCCCCAGCAAGAGCAAACCAACGCCGAGCGCACCGACGGUGACGGGCGGGAGCGGGAGCGGCGGAGGUAAGUGCCCCGUGGACGCGCUGAAGCUGGGGGUGUGCGCGGACGUGCUGGGCCUAGGCGACGGGCUGACGAACCUGAUGGCGGGCUCCUGGUCGACGGCGUCGUCGGGGAAGAAGCCGUGCUGCGAGCUCGUUGGCGGCCUCGCCGACCUGGACGCCGCAGUCUGCCUCUGCACCGCCAUCAAGGCCAACGUGCUGGGCGUCGUCGACGUCGGCCUGCCCCUCCAGCUCGGCCUCCUCGUCAACCACUGCGGCAGGAAGCUCCCGGCUGGCUUCCAGUGCACUAACUGACCAGCCAAGUCCGUACGCACGCACGCACGAAUGGAACGUUGUUAAUUUGCUUGCUAGUAGUGGUACGUGCUGCGCGCGAAUUUUAAUUAAGUUUGUCUGUGUACUGGUCCUUUAAUGUUAAGUCUACUAUCUUGUGU